ACUUGCGAUAAUAUAGGACGUUUGGUUUAAUAUGAUAAACCUUCAGAUUUCUCAUUGGAAUUUCCUGUACCUGAACCAGUUAACAGUUUUAAAUACUAACACCAAGGAAUACAUUAAACUCCCUUAUUGCUACUGAAAAUGAGUGACAUUGAAGAUAUUGAACCAGAUGCUGGCACAAAUCUGACAGAUAGUGCAGAACAACAAACAGGGAAUGGCAUCAUUACAAGAGAUGGCAGAAACACAUACAGAUGUAAAAUACUCUCAAGUUUACUUAUCCUUGUCAUCAUGAUUAUAGUUAUCGUCAUAGUUAUCGUAGCAUCUGUACGAAAGUAUGGGCAAAAUGAGAUUCCCCCUUUACCCACUCCCGUUGCAAGUUCACCAUUUACACCAAGUACACCAAGUACACUGAAUACAACAAAAGAUGUUGAUAUGGUUGAUGUUACCACUGAUAACAUAAGGAAGAAAGGAACAAACCAUUUUAUGUGCAAGAAGUUUCCCCAUGCAUUGCCAACAUUAUGCAACAAUACAAACGAACAUUGAAACCAUUUUACUAACUCAGAUGUCAUAAUAAACUGCUAUAAAAGGAGUAAGCAUAAUAUUAAAUGAUGGUAA